AUUCUAUGGGACAUAGUGAAGUCAACCAACAUGGAGGACGAACGUGACGUCAAAACAGGACUUGAAGAAAGUUGUAGUUUUAUCUUUAAAAAGCGUAAGGCACGAAACACGGAAUAUCGGAAGAGGCCGAAAUCGAGUUCUGAAGAAGAAAAGUCCAACAGCAGCGACGAAGAACCGUCAGUGAAACGUCCAAACCAUCGCAAGUCGAAGAAAAACCCCAAUGUUCAAAGUACGAGUAAAAAAAAGCAACAAGAAAAUGAAAAUGUUAAUGACUCGAGUAGUGAGGAAGACCUCCUGGUUAGUUACAAGUCGAAGCGCUCCGCAAUGGCCGAAGGCCCCACCGAUCAAGGAGCCACGGCGAUUUUGGAAAUUGAAACCGAGCGAGACAGAGACGCGCAAGCCCUCUUUGAAAAGCGGUUAGAGAUCAACAAAGAACUGGAAGGCAAAGAAGACGAUAAGACCGCUGCGGGUAAUGCCAGUUCCGGGCUUGUAAGAAAGGGCCCCAUUAGGGCCCCGGCCAAUUUGCGCGCCACCGUCAGAUGGGACUAUCAGCCGGAUAUUUGUAAAGAUUACAAAGAAACGGGUUUUUGCGGGUUUGGGGACAGUUGUAUAUUUCUGCACGACCGGAGCGACUAUAAACAUGGAUGGCAGUUGGAAAGGGAGUGGGCUGAGGGCAAAUAUGGACAAGAAAGCGACGAAGACAAAAAAUACGAAAUCGAUUCGUUUCUGGACAUGAAUAGCCGAAAAAUAUUUUACUGAUAAUAUUGUGAGAAACGUAGAUGCUACAGAUUCUGCGUUCUUAUCAAGUUCCUUUCAUGAGCUCUACCUGAGGUUUAAUUUAUGUUAGAAAAAUGACAACUGGAGCGGAUUCAUUGGAUGCUCACAGCUGGGGCCAUCAAACAAGAAAGGUUCUGCCACUUGAUGUGACAAUGUAAGGUACUUUUUGGUCUGGAUUAAGAACCUAGGGUCUGCAGUAAAUGGACAACUGAUGCUGUACACUUGGAAUAAUACUUUAUUACUGCACAACUAUCUAUUACUGAAUUAUUUAUAAAGACAUGGUGGAAGAAAUAUAAGAAUUUCCAACUACAUGAGCACCUCCUAUACUAUUGUACGUGUAACUUUUUCCCGCAACUUCAAUAAAGUUCUUGUUGUUUCCA